AUGUCUUCUCAACAAUCAAUUCUUAAAUUUUUGAAGCGACCCCUCUCAGAGAGCACCCUCUCAAAUGAAGCGCGAGUGCCCAAAGUGCAGCGCACAGACUUCUCAGGAUCUUCAAAGAGUCCAUCUAGCGCAAGUAAAGACUCCCAAGCAUUAUCAACCGACGUUGUACAACGGUCAGAAUUUAAUCGCAGAGUUGCAGAGCUUAAACUUAAGCUGGCAAAUCCAGUUAAAACGCUAAUUCGUAAUAUGGAUCCGGAAUGGUGCCAUCACCUGGCAAGUGUCAUUCAAACUGAUUCUUUCGCGAAGUUAGCUAUGUUUAUUGAGCACGAGCGGUCCGAGACCACUGUGUAUCCACCUGAAGACCAGGUAUUCUCGUGGAGCAGACUGACGCCACCUGGGAAGGUGCGUGUGGUUAUUUUAGGCCAAGAUCCGUACCAUGGACCACAGCAGGCACACGGGCUAGCCUUCUCCGUGAAGAGGCCUCAAAAUCCGCCUCCGAGCCUUAUCAAUAUGUACAAAGAAAUUGCUUCGGAUUGCGAGGUGUCUGCUGCUGAGGGCUGGCCCCCCAACCACGGCGAUCUCACUCACUGGGCUGAACAGGGCGUCCUUCUACUUAAUGCUGUACUCACGGUGAGAAGAUCUCAACCAAAUUCACACAAGGAUCGUGGGUGGGAAAAACUCACAAAUGCCGUUAUCAACCAUAUCAACACCAGUUGCUCGCACGUGGUCUUUUUGUUGUGGGGAGCAAAUGCGCAAGCACAGGGUGCUCGAAUCGAUAGGAAUAAGCACCUCGUGUUGGAAGCUCCUCAUCCAUCGCCUCUUUCGGCCAGCCGGGGCUUUUUCGGUUGUCGACAUUUCAGUAAGGCCAACAACUAUCUUGAAAAGCACAAUCUGAAACCAAUCAACUGGACCGAUCUUCCUUAG